UCUAAGUUCUUACCUUGUUUUCCACUAAACACAACUCCAAUGUCUGAAACCAUGUCGUUUGGAGAACCGGAUCCGGAUCUGAACCCGGAUCAAAUCUUGGGUUGGUUAGAUGAUUCAACGCUGCACUCGCCAUUAAUCCUAGAUGAUCUAUAUUGCACCAUGGAUGAUCCUUGGUUCGGUUUGGACCCCAUUGAUGCUAAAACUAUUUCAUCUUCAUCUUCUUCUUCACCUAUUGUUGAUCUCUUUAUUACGGAUCAGCCACAACAGGCGGCGUCUGAGCUGUCGAAGAAACAGAAAGCACCCGAGGAUCAUACGCCACGUGUUGGGAAAAAUUCAUCCGGAAACAAGAAAGGCGCCGGAAAAUCAGCAAAGGGUGAUAACAACAUUGGUAGUAACAAAAACGGCCGGUGGGCAGAACAGUUGCUGAACCCGUGUGCUGCAGCGAUCACAACUGGAAACAUGACACGUGUACAACACCUCCUGUUUGUUCUAAAUGAAUUGGCGUCCCCAAGUGGGGACGCCAAUUACAGGCUGGCAGCACACGGGAUGCAAGCCCUCCUCCACCACCUUCAUUGCUAUCAGUAUCCGCACAGACCGGAUGGUCGAUUAGAGAAAGCACCAAGUUUCACCACAUCAACGCCGAAACUCUUUAAACAAUCUCUAAUCUAUUUUAACGACAUUAAUCCAUGGUUUACUAUCCCUAACAAUAUUGCUAACAACGCGGUCCUCCAGGUGUUGUCAGAGCAAGAUCAUGGUUCGUGCAACGCGCUUCACAUACUAGAUAUUGGUGUCUCUCAUGGGUUCCAAUGGCCCACGCUUCUAGAAGCGCUGAGUCGUAGACCAGGUGGCCCACCACCGCUGGUUCGAAUAACUGUCGUCCCACCAACGCUCGACAACCAUCAACUUCCCUUUGCAAGCUGUCCACCUGGCUACGACUUCGCCUCUAACAUUCUCCGUUUUGCUAAAGAUGUCGAUAUUAAUUUACAGUUUAACAAACUGGACAAUAUUCCUUUGCGAAAUCUAAAUGCGGACGCCAUUAGUUUCUCCGAAGACGAAACUUUAAUCGUCUGCGCUCAGUUUAGAUUGCACGGCAUCAGUCAUAACGAACCAGACGACAGAACUGAGUUCUUGAAGUUGAUGCGAAAUAUGAGUCCUCAAGGAGUGAUUUUGAGUGAUAAUAACAUGGACUGCAGCUGCGACAACUGCAGCAGCUUCGAUUCAGGAUUCGCUCGAAGGUUAGACUAUUUAUGGAGCUUUUUGGACUCGACAAGUGUGGCGUUUAAAGGGAGAGACAUGGAAGAAAGAAGAGUUGUAGAAGGUGAAGCUGCGAAAGCAUUGAUUAGCAUGUGUGAGAUGAAUGAAAGGAAAGAGAAAUGGGGCGAGAGGAUGAACGGUGUGGGGUUUGUCAAACACGCGUUUGCAGAUGAUGUUGUGGAUCAAGCGCGUGCGCUGUUGAGAAAGUACGACAGUCGCUGGGAAAUGCGAGUUGAAGAUCGGUCUGUUGGAUUAUGGUGGAAAGGGCAGCCCGUUUCAUUUUGUUCUCUACGGAAAACAGAUUAAAAACCUUGUGAAUCAUAGAAUCAUUCGUAUAUAGUUCUGAAUUGUUCGGUUAUUGUAUCAGAUCUAUCAAGUGUAGUUAUUCUCUACUUUAUGAUACACAAAAUAGUUAUGUAA